ACCAAAACCAAACCAAAUAGCAUAGGUUUUCAAAAGUUAAAAAUCAAAACUAACCUAACUAAACUAAACCAAACAUCGGUGUUUUUUAAUCGGUUUGGUUCGGUUGAACAGCCCUAGUUCUACUUAAGGGAUUUAAAAGAAGAAUUCUCCCACAUCGGAAAAUUAAUAAUAACUUGCGAGAUUCACCCUCUAUAAAAAGACCCCUCUUGUUUAAAUUUUGAAUUUUUUUUACCGCUUUACUCUGUUUUUCUUUCUUCUGCAAUUGAAGAAGAACAACAAUGGCGGAUCAUUCUUCUGCAAUAAUCCCUACUCUCCAGAACGUCGUCGGAACGUUGUCUCUAAACUGCGGUAAGUUAGACCUCAAAGCAAUUGCACUUAAAGCUCGAAACGCAGAGUACAAUCCGAGACGUUUACCUGCAGUGAUCAUGAGAAUUAGAGAACCAAAAACCACAGCAUUGAUCUUUGCCACUGGGAAAAUUGUUUGUACAGGAGCCAAAAGUGAAAACAAUUCGAAGUUAGCAGCGCGAAAAUACGCUAGAAUUGUACAAAAGCUAGGUUAUCCUGGAGUUAAGUUUAAGGAUUUCAAAAUCCAGAAUAUUGUUGCUUCUUGUGAUGUUAGAUUUCCUAUUCGACUUGAAGGACUUGCCAUUGCUCACAGUAGUUUCUCAAGUUAUGAACCAGAAAUAUUUCCUGGUUUGGUGUAUCGUAUGAAGAAACCGAAAAUCGUGCUGCUGGUUUUUGCUUCUGGGAAAAUUGUUAUCACUGGAGCCAAGGUUAGAGAUGACAUAUAUGCUGCAUUUGACAACAUAUACCCUGUUCUUACUCAGUUCACAAAGAAGAGUCUGGCAAUGUGUUGAAUGAAAUUUUUAUUACCACAGUAGUUUUAUAUUAUGGUAUUUGAUAUGCAUUUUAAAUUGACUGCAAAUAACCAGAAAAGAGCUAGUAUUUGUUACAAGUUAAUAAAGUUUAUACUCGAGAACCUAAAACAAUCAGCAAAUUACAUACAUUCAACCAUUGUAUUACAAAAACGUUUCGAAAGUGACCUCCUAAGAAGCAAAUGCCAUAACCACACAGAUUCAGAGAAUGUCUGAAAGAAAAAAGACGAAAUAAAA